AUGGACCACAACAGUCCCGAGAAUAAAGAUGCCGUGCAAGCUUUCUUCGGUAAUCGCUCGGAUCUGAUAUCACGUGAAAAGGAGCAGCGAAGCGAUUUCCACUUCCGGCAGACUCUCUCUCCAACAGCCCAACGGGCUUGCACCAUCGUAACCAAAAUCCGGCAGCAAGAACACAGCACAAUAUGGAGUUCCAACCAACGCAAGCCUCACCUCAAUACUGGCACAUUUCCUCCUCCAUCAGCAGCCCUACCGUCAAAACAAGAUGGAGAAGAAGAAGAGCUCUACCCAGGUAUGACAUUCAACUCCGCCAGGAACCACAUGGAAACCACCCACCUCUGGCGAAUCGUCCAACGCAUGCCAAAAGGAGCACUCCUGCACUGCCAUCUUGGCGCUAUGGUCGAUCUGGAAUGGCUUUUUGAGCAGGCUGUGCGGACGGAAGGCAUGGUUAUCUAUGCAUCAGAGGCGUUGAGUGAUAAGAAAAACAGGGAAAGGAUUGAUGUGAACAUCAGGAUUGAAUUUUCUACUUCUGUAGAGAAGGUUGAAAACGGGAAGGGAAUCUGGGAAGAAGGCUACGAACCGAUGACAAAAGUAUCCUUGAAAAAUGCAGCAGUGACAUUUCCUUCAGACGAAAGAUCAGGAUUUUGCGCAUGGAUGAAAUCACGUUGUUCGAUCACGCAAACCGAAGCUGUAUCCAACCAUCUCGGCGUCGACGCCAUCUGGCGGAAACUGCAAUCGGCAUUCAUGACCAUCACACCGAUAGUAUUUUACGAGCCGGUCACGCGGAAAUUUUUGAGGAAGUUCCUGGAGACGGCUUAUGCGGAUGGGAUUCGCUGGAUUGAGAUGCGUGGGAUGACGAGGAGUUUCAGAUUGGAGGGGGAAGCGGAAUUGAAGGAGAAUAGACUGGAGCUGGUGAGGGUUUUCAAAGAGGUGAUUGAUGAAUUCAAGGGGAGUGAAGAGGGAAAAGGGUUCUGGGGGAUUAGGUUGAUUUGGGACACUUUGAGGAGUUUUGAGGAUGAGGCCAUUGUUACGGACAUGAAAAUCUGCAUGCAAGCCAAAAAGCUCUACCCAACUCUCAUCUCUGGCUACGACCUCGUCGGUCCCGAAGACCAGGGCCGAACCCUCCACUCCCUCACUCCACUUCUCAUCUGGUUCCAAUCCGAAGUCAAAAAGCAGAACCUCACCAUCCCGUUCUUCCUCCACGCAGGCGAAUGCGUAGGCGACGGAGAUUCCACCGACCAGAAUCUCUACGACGCCAUCCUCUUCAAAACCCGACGUCUUGGCCAUGCUUUCUCGCUGUACAAACACCCCCUCUUGAUCGAUAUGGUGAAGGAGAAAGGGAUCAUGGUAGAAUGCUGUCCGAUUUCGAACGAGGUGUUGAGAUAUACGGCGAGUAUCAAGAUGCAUCCCCUCCCGGCGCUACUGGCGAGAGGUGUGAAGGCGGCAAUUGCGAAUGAUGAUCCAAGUAUGAUGGGGCAGGAUACGGCGGGUUUGUCGCAUGAUUUUUGGCAGGCGUUGCAGGGGUGGGAUAAUCUUGGGUUGGCGGGUUUGGGAUCGCUUGCGCAAAACAGCGUCCGAUGGUCUGCGUACGAGGAUCAAACAGACGAUGAGUGGACGCAGGAUAUUGAAAAUGGGCCAGAUGGGACAGGCAUUCGUGCCCAGAGAAUUAAAGAGUGGAAUGCUGAGUGGGAGGAGUUUUGCAAGUGGAUCGUUGAGCAAUAUGGGCAUGUAGAGUAA